UUCACCACUGCGAUCUCAGAGCUGGCUGACUACCAACCUCAGAAUAUCUCUCUUUCUCCUUCUAUCUGCAACGAGAAGAGAUGACGUCAUCUCCGUUCAACAAAUCAAAGUCUCCCGACAACAAAUACAUGCUUGGAGAUGAAAUUGGUAAAGGAGCUUAUGCUCGAGUGUAUAAAGGAUUAGACUUGAAGAAUGGAGACUUUGUUGCCAUUAAACAAGUCUCGUUGGAGAAUGUUGUUCAAGAUGAUGAUCUCAACACUAUUAUGCAAGAAAUUGAUCUCUUGAAGAAUUUGAACCAUAAAAACAUUGUCAAGUAUCUUGGGUCAUGGAAGACAAAGACUCACCUUCACAUCAUUCUUGAGUAUGUUGAGAAUGGCUCUCUUGCAAACAAUGUUAAACCAAAUAAAUUUGGACCUUUCCCAGAAUCAUUGGUGGCUGUUUACAUUGCUCAGGUCUUGGAAGGUUUAGUAUAUCUACAUGAGCAAGGUGUCAUACACCGUGAUAUCAAGGGUGCAAAUAUUUUGACCACAAAGGAGGGUCUUGUUAAGCUUGCUGACUUUGGAGUUGCCACUAAACUAAACGAGUCUGAGUUUGACACUAACUCAGUGGUUGGAUCUCCUUACUGGAUGGCUCCUGAGGUUAUUGAAUUGAUCGGAGUUUGUGCUGCUUCUGACAUUUGGAGCGUUGGAUGCACUGUUAUUGAACUUCUUACUUGUGUACCUCCUUACUUUGAUAUGCAACCCAGUGCAGCUCUCUAUCGUAUUGUUCAGGAUGAUAGCCCUCCUAUUCCUGAUAGUCUUUCUCCAGAUAUUACAGACUUCCUACGACAGUGCUUCAAGAAGGAUUCAAGGCAGAGGCCUGAUGCAAAAACAUUGCUCUCUCACCCUUGGAUAAGGAACUCUAGACGGGCAUUGCAGUCCUCACUUAGGAAUAGUGAAGCUAUCAAAUAUAUGAAAGAAGCAGCUGCAAGUUCAGAGAAAGAUGAUGAAGGAAGUCAAAAUGUAACUGAAAGCCUUUCAGCAGAAAAAGUUGGGAUGUCAAAAACUCAGAAGGCAUCUGAACAUUAUGAAGCACCUGGAAAUCCUGAAACCGAAGCUUCCAUCCAGGUGGACCAGCCAUCACAUAGUCUUGUCCAAAAAGAUGAAGACCACAUGCUUAGAAAGGCUGUGGAAACUCCAUCUAGAGUUGGUGGGAAUGAACUGAGUGGAUUUAGUAAUACUCCUGGGAAUGAAGCCUCAACAUCAAUGCCUCCAUCACAUGCCAUCAAGGGUUAUUCUCCUGUCGCAGAUGGUGGAAAGAAUGAUGGUGGUGACCCUUUCCUUUUAAUGAUGGGUGUCUUGAAAGAUGAUGUUGUUGGCAUUGAUGGUUUGGUAUUUAAUGAAAAUGUACCCGCAGAAAAUCUUUACCCUUUGCAGGCAGUGGAGUUCAGCAGAUUGGUGAGCUUCUUAAGGCCAGAUGAAUCAGAAGAUGCAAUAGUAUCUUCCUCUGAGAAACUUGUUGUCAUUUUUCGUCAGAGACCUGUACAAAAGGCAGUAUUUGUGACACAGCACGGUUUCCUCCCUCUGAUGGAUCUACUCGAUGCUCCUAAAUCUCCAGUAAUAUAUGCGGUGCUGCAGCUAAUAAAUGAGACUGUUAAAGAUAACACUGAGUUCAAGGAAAAUGCUUGUCUUGUUGGUCUUAUUCCUGUGGUAAUGAAUUUUGCUGGUUCCGGUCCUGAGAGGGAUGAUCAUUCUCAAGAAAUUCGCAUGGAAGCAGCUUACUUCUUGCAGCAGCUUUGUCAAUCUAGCUCAACGUUGCAAAUGUUCAUAGCCUGUGGUGGAAUACCAGUUUUGGUGGGAUUUAUUGAAGCAGAUUAUGCCAAACACAGGGAGAUGGUUCACUUAGCUAUUGAUGGGAUGUGGCAAGUAUUCAAACUCAAAAAGUCCACCCCCAUAAAUGACUUCUGCCGAAUAGCUGCAAAGAGUGGAAUUCUUCCUAGGCUGAUCAACACUCUUGUUAGCUUGAAUGAAGCAACCCGGCUUGCUUCUACAUCAGGGGGUCCACUGAGUGUAGAUGGUCAAGCUCCACAAGCACACUCUGGUCAACUUGGCCAGCUUGAGUCUUCACUCAGUGUGAUUGAUCAGCCUGAUGUGUUGACAACAAGUCAUGGUUGUGGUGAAGAGCCUUCUCAUGAUCCUUCAACUUCAGAUUCUCAAAGAACAGAUAUCCAUCAACCAGAUGGUGAUAGGCCUAGAUUGAGCAGUGUUGCAGCACUUGCCACAGAAAAAGCUAGACCUGGAAGUACCACAUCAAUUUGUUCACUUGCCCAUAUGGUCUCUGGAGAUGUUGCAAGUGAAUACUUGGAGAAAGUAGCUGAUCUGCUUCUUGUAUUUGCUCGAGCUGAUACAACAGUCAAAUCACACAUGUGCAGCCAAAGCUUACUCAUACUACUUUUCCAGAUGUUCAACCGUGUAGAAUCUCCUAUUCUGUUAAAGAUACUGGAGUGCAUCAAUCAUUUAUCCACUGAUCCAGACUGCUUAGAGACUCUUCAGCGUGCAAAUGCAAUCAAACAUUUGAUCCCUAACCUUGACCUUAAGGAAGGGAAUCUUGUUUAUCAGAUCCAUCACGAGGUGCUAAGUGCCUUAUUCAACCUGUGCAAGAUCAACAAGAGGAGGCAAGAACAAGCAGCUGAACACGGAAUCAUACCGCACCUGAUGCAUUUCAUCAUGUCAGCCUCUUCUCUAAAACAAUAUGCACUGCCACUCCUAUGUGACAUGGCACAUGCAUCUCAUUACUCAAGAGAGCAGUUGAGAGCUCACGGCGGUCUUGACGUGUACAUGAGUUUGCUCGAUGAUGAGUCUUGGUCUGUAAUAGCGUUGGAUUCGCUUGCUGUUUGCUUGGCGCAUGACAAUGACAGCAACCACAAGGUGGAGCAGGCGUUGCUCAAGAAGGAUGCGGUUCAGAAGUUAGUUAGGUUCUUCAAGAGCUGUCCUGAGAGACACUUUGUGCACAUAUUGGAACCGUUCUUGAAGAUUAUAACGAAAUCGUAUAGGAUCAACAAGACACUAGCUGUGAAUGGAUUGACUUCGUUGCUUGUUUCAAGGCUAGACCACCAAGAUGCGAUUGUUAGACUUAAUCUCCUGAAACUCAUCAAGGCUGUGUACGAGCACCAUCCAAAGCCAAAGCAACUGAUAGUAGAGAAUGACCUGCCUCAAAAGCUGCAGAAUCUGAUAGGAGAACGACGUGCUGGACAAAGUUCAGGAGGGCAAGUUCUGGUGAAGCAGAUGGCAACCUCUCUGCUUAAAGCACUAUACAUCAACACAGUCUUGUGAGUUAUUAUCCCUUGGGACUGUACAUUCACUCCCAUUUUUUUGGAAGACUAGUUCACCCCCUUAAGUGUGUAUAUCUUCUUCUUCAUUUACAAAAUGAUUUCACCUGAAGGUGGUGGCGAAUGAAAACUUUAAACUGUUAACUUGUGUUGCACUCUUGGAGAGUUUUAGUACCUAGAGAUGCCAACGCUUCUGGGUUUUUUUUGGGGGGAAAUAUAUUGAAGUAAUUAGUAUGUUUAAAAGAUUUUGAUUUGUGAUAUAUUUUAAAAUGAAUGGAGAAGCUAUUUUGUAAGCAAAGC